CUGUUGCCUGUGAAGAGUGUGACUAAGAGUCACAAGCGCAAAAAGAUCAAAUAAACGUAUUUACAUAAACGAAAAAUGAGGACAGAAAAUCGUAUUUGAAACGAAAGUAAACGAAAAUGGACACCAGACCGACGACACUUUGGCCACGGAUGAAUCUCGUUGUAAUUGUCAAUGCCCAUAUUCAGCGCUACAAGAGAGUCUACAGUCCGACAACCUGGGACAUCGUGAGUAGGAGGGAGGACAGUGUUGAACUGGAUUUACCCGAUGUGUAUAUCUGCUUUUGACGCGAGUUAGUUUCUUGUUUUGGAUGACCGCUUAUUCACCGGCCUUUAAAAUUGAAGUGCAAAAGCCUAUACCCAAUUAAUUGGAGCUCAUUCCAUAGGAGCCCGUUGAUAUUUUAGAGGUGAGGUCGCAGUGAGUGAUUAUAUCGAGAAUACAGAAUCAGAAUACAGAUUAUUAUACUUAUCCUGAAUAGAUUUUCCUCAGCACUGCACAUGCAUGUCACCCGGCUCUGCUGAAGCUUCACAUCGAUUCUCUGGUAGCCAUGGGCUUGUUGGUGCUCUCUAAUGCCACAUACUUGGUUUCUGAGUGAUUAAACAUUCUAGACAACCGCCGUGCCAUGAUUGAAGACGCGCGCAUUGAGAACCAAACAAAGUGGCACAAUUCGGAAAGCAAGCUCGCACCUGGUGAAGAAACAUAAAUCUUCUUGUCUGUCUGUGAAAAUCCUGAGCCGCGUGGAUAUUACAUAUCGAAGUCAGAGAAAGAGAAGGGGGGAGGGAGUUAGUGUCGGGUGAUUUCCUCCCCUCGCCAAAUGUCUGUCCGGGAGUCGUUGACACUCCUUCAUAACCCUGCUCUUUCGCGCCUCACGCAGAUGGCCAAAGCGCCGUGGGCACAGAAGUCUCCAAACCCCAGAAUUCUACUUACCGCACCGAACCCCAGUAGACAGACCACCGAGAUAGAGGAUGAGACCAUAAAAUAGCGUAGUGUUAAUUAUAGUUAUUUCAAUGAAUUCACGAUUAUAGCCGUAUGGUUUUCUUUCCUACACCUUUGUGCAAACUCAUCUACACUCUAUGUGCACGUCCCCGGUACUAGCUGCACACCCCCAACCGGCGUUGGUGAUGCCAUGCCCCGCAACCACAGUGGCGAUGAGGCCGGUACUGGGCUCUGGAUGAAAACCUCCCCAGGGCGUCGGGCUCAGGACUACGGGUUGAAAGAUGUGGAGUCUGGACGGAGGAUGAUGAACAACGCGGUUCGAGUUGGAGACAGGAUGCUUUCACUGGGCCCUGCAGGUGCAGACGGCGCGGAGAGGCAAAAGGGCGCCCGGAUGAGUUUGCUCGGGAAGCCGCUCAUCUACAGCGCGCAGAGCGGGCGCAGGAAUGUGCGCUACCGGCGUAUGCAGAAUUACCUCUACAAUGUGCUGGAGAGACCCAGGGCAUGGGCGUUCAUCUACCACGCCUUCGUGUUCAUCUUGGUGUUUGGCUGUCUGGUCCUGUCAGUGUUCUCCACAAUCCCUGCCCAUCAAGACCUGUCCAACCACUGUCUGCUCAUCCUGGAGUUUGUGAUGAUCGUGGUGUUUGGGCUGGAGUACAUCAUCAGGAUAUGGAGCGCAGGCUGCUGCUGUCGCUACAGGGGCUGGCAGGGACGCCUCCGCUUUGCCAGGAAACCCUUCUGCGUCAUAGACAUAAUUGUCCUCAUAGCUUCCAUUGCUGUGGUGUCCGCUGGUAGCCAAGGUAACAUCUUUGCCACCUCAGCAUUGCGUAGCCUUCGCUUCCUGCAGAUCUUGCGGAUGGUGCGUAUGGACCGCAGAGGGGGCACUUGGAAACUACUGGGAUCUGUAGUCUAUGCACACAGUAAGGAGUUGGUGACAGCCUGGUACAUCGGGUUCCUGGUGCUCAUCUUCUCUUCGUUCCUGGUCUACCUCGUGGAGAAGGAGUUCAACAAAGACUUUGCCACCUAUGCUGAUGCUCUGUGGUGGGGCACGAUCACCCUGACGACUAUCGGCUAUGGAGACAAGACUCCUCAGACAUGGACAGGUCGUCUGAUCUCAGCUGGCUUUGCUCUGAUGGGAAUCUCCUUCUUCGCCCUGCCUGCCGGUAUCCUGGGCUCAGGUUUUGCCCUGAAGGUACAGGAGCAGCACAGACAAAAACACUUUGAGAAGAGGAGGAACCCAGCAGCCAGCCUCAUCCAGUGUGUCUGGCGUAGUUAUGCUGCUGAUGAGAACUCGGUUUCCAUAGCUACCUGGAAGCCUCAUUUGAAGGCGUUGCAUACCUGCAGUCCUGCAAAGAAAGAACAGGGCGAGACAACUAGCAGUACAAAGUUGAGCUUUAAGGAGCGGGUGCGGAUGGCAAGCCCUCGCGGCCAGAGCAUGAAGAGCCGCCAGACAUCCAUCAACAACGAUCGACGCUGUUCCCCAGGCAAUGAUGUGGCGGGCGCUAACACGGGAACCAGCCCUGCCAAGGUGCAGAAGAGCUGGAGCUUCAACGACCGCACACGCUUUAGACCCUCCCUGCGCCUCAAGAGUCAAUCACGCACCGCGCCCUCCGAAGUGGACACAGGAAUGGGGAAUGAUGACGCAUUCGGCGACAGGGUUUGCCACUGUGAUGUCACCGUGGAAGACCUAUCCGCUCCAUUGAAGGCUGUCAUCAGAGCCGUCAGGAUCAUGAAGUUUCAUAUAGCAAAGAAGAAGUUUAAGGAAACUCUGCGCCCGUAUGAUGUGAAAGAUGUGAUAGAACAGUACUCUGCAGGACACCUGGAUAUGCUCUGCAGAAUCAAGAGUCUACAGACUAGGCUGGACACCAUAGUGGGUCCUCCUCAGCAGCAGCUGCUGAGCCCCAGAGUCAAGACCUUUUCCUCCCCCUCCCUGCACUUAUAUUACAACCAGGCCAGGAGGAAGUCCAUGCCAGCAACAAAGUCUGUCCCAGGACUGGCCACUGGACUGGGUCCCACACUGAGCAGCAAACCUGGGAACAUGUCCUCCCCCUCCCUGCAAUUAUAUUACAGCCAGGCCAGGAGGAAGUCCACCCCAGGGAUGAAGUCCCCAGGGGUGGAUCAGAUACUGGGUAAGGGCCAAAUCCCCAUCGACAAGAAGAUCAGGGACAAGCUGCACCCUGACAGGGAUACUCUGGAGGACAUGAGCAUGCUGGGACGUGUGUGUAAGGUGGAAAGACAGGUGACGUCCAUAGAGUCAAAGCUGGACUCUCUGCUGGAUGUGUACAGGCAGGUGUUACAAAAUGGUUCGUCUGCCCUCACCCUCUCCUCCCUGCCCCUGUUCGAGCUGGAGCACCAGACCUCCGACUACCGGAGCUCCAUCCUCAGUAAGAACCUGUCCUCUGGCUCCCCCCAGGGAGGGGAGGGCAGAGGGGGGCAUGAAAGUGGUGGGGGGAUGUCCCGGUCAACAACAGGCCAUCUCUCCAGGGGCCUCCAGCUCAUUCUGGCCCCCAGCGAGCUCACCCUCAACACCUGCCCCCCCUCCUACCCUGCCUCCACUGCAUCCCUCACGCCCUCGCCUCUCCUGCCCCCUGACAGCCCCUACCCGCUCCUCACCACACCCAGUAGUUUCCCCAGGCGAGCGCACUUCCCUGACCUCCUGCCCCCUCCACCAUCCGCUGGUGCUGCCACCCUUCAGCUGCCCCCCAUGGGCCCCCAGCAAAGACGUUCCCUCAGCCCCACCCCAGAUGCUACACGAGGGGGUAGGCUGGAGCAGAGCUCAGGCCUCUCUAUGGUGGUGGGCUCCGGGGUGGACCAUGGAGAGGAGGGGGACAGAGAGGGUGGACAUAGCUGGGGCAGGGUGCAGCUGAGGGGGAAGUCCCAUUUGAGGGAGGAGGGCCCCUGGAGGAGGCACAUGAGCCUGGAGGUGGACCCCAUGCUGCUGCUUUCCUCUGGAUGUGACGGCAAGCCCUUGGAGCAGGAACAGGGGCUGGGGAAGUCCCUGUCGGCACAUAACCUCACCCAGCCAUCUGCAGACAACCUUCCCAACCUGUCCUCUCCCCUCGGCAACAGUAGCAGUUCUAGUGGCGACUGCCAUGGCGACCCCGACGCUCGCAACUGGGGCGAGACAGACCUUUUCAUCACCGGCCGUGACCUGGAACCGCAGGAGGACCAGUUUGAUUUCCUGUCCCAGGGGAGUGACUUCCUGUCCCAUCCCACAGCGGACGGUACCACCUGCUUGGACGUUCUGCGGACUGAAGAUGGGGGGUCCUUAAGCAGUCUGACUGGUCCCUGCACCCCCACAACGGGCAGUGCAGAGUCCCUCAAUCAGCCUACCCACGUACGACUAAAAUAACUCUUCCAUAGGAGUGAAUAAGAUAAACCCUCUCCCCAACACAUACAUUACCAAUAUUACCAUCCAGCAAGAGGACUCACUGGACAAACAACAAAUAGAAUUGCAAAUGUUGAUUAUAACUCUGUUUUUAAGAGAUGGGGGGGUUUCUCACUCCUUUCAAUCAAAGAUUUCAGGCACCCUUUAUACUCUCAUACAUAUCAUUGCAUGGACUAUUUUGAAUUUCCUAAAACAGGAGCAAGCAGAGAAACUAACUGGGGGAGGAAGAUUGAACAAAAGAGAGGAUGGUCAGAUAGUGUUAAUGUUUGCUCUCUCGGCUAUGCAUGACCACUGCAUGUCUAAACCGCACUUUGGGGUCGAGAGCAUUCAAGACCCUUCGUUAGCCCUGGAAACACAGUCAUGAUGGCUGAGUCCAACGUCAUAAGUCCAAAUCUCACCUGUUUAUCUGCAUGUUCCAGUAAUGUCUCCUCCAAACCCUUGGGAGGCAAUUAUGAGCCAUCAGCAAUUAUUACCCAAAUAUAGAAAAUGUAGUAAAUAGAUAAGACAAUAACUCAUUUGAUAAUAACAUAAGAUAACCCUACUGAUGUAAAGUUGUCAAAAAAAAUUGUUUUAAUACAUUUUACAAUCUUUUGUGGCCAUUUGAUUUUGAUGACAAAUCCAAUAUGCUGAUUGGGUGCUCUAAUCUGACAAGGCCAGUAGGAUUCAGUAUUUUCACUUUUAAAGGCAUUUGAGUGAAAGGCAAACAGCAGCCAAAUAAGAUCAGUUACUACUAUGAUACUGUAUAUGGUGAAACAAGGCUGUGGUACACUGCAGUUGUCAGUCACAAUAAACACUACAGAAUUCAGGGUUCCUUGUUCUACAGCUCAUGUGCCCACAGUAUUCCCUUCUGUUACCAGCUGAUUGACAGGGGACACUUCAAACUUUGAAAAUAAAUACAGUAUAUCUCCUCAAAGUGGAUGAGCAUUAGUCUAUGACAGGCUGGGGACAUCUCAACAAAUGGUUAGCCAGCCUACACUUUGUCAGUAGCUAUAAUGAUCAGAACUCGUUACAGACUUGCCAAGGUCAAGAUGAGCGGUGUGAGAGUAAGUCAGAGGAGUUGGAUCAUAAAUACAGGGAGAGAUGACCUGAUCCACCAUGAUUUAGUCCCCUUAAAAUAGUGGUAUGUGAGCCUACAAGCCUGGCACUUCCAAUAGAGCACACAGGAUCUUUUGUCUAGAGAAGGCCACUGGUCUUGUGUGUCUACUGUCCAACCAAUGUCAUCACUAAUGAUGCUGUCCAUAGAGAUACGCAGACAGGAAAGUAAUGAACAAGCCAUGUUGUAAGUGGAUGGAACAUAUGGUAACAAGUCUGCUGUCAACGAGCUCAACUUCUGAAUGUGAUUUGUCUGUUGUUUGCAUGUCCCACUGCCUUACGAGGCAGCAGCACUGCUGACUGCCACUCAGCCUGAACACAGACGACUGCUCUUGAAUGAGAAUAUGCACAAACUGUGUUUCAGACAUCUUUAUUUUCUCUAUGUUGCACCUUUUUGUUCUUGAAGGAGAGAGGCACAGCAGUCUUAUAUGUAUUCUGUCAAGUUAACGAUGACAGCUUCCAUUCAACAUGUUUGUUUAUGUUUUUAUUUCGUUUUUCGAUUGGUGCAUACGUGCAUUGGCUUAGCUGAUUAACAAUUAUACUGUAUAAUGUGUAUAUGUUAUGUUCAUAUGUGUGAUGUGACCAGCAAAAUCUAUAUAGCUGUGUGUUACAAUGGGAUUUUGUAUGAAAAUGGCCUGAGUUGGUACGAUAAAUGCACAACUGAAAGCACAAUUGUUUGGAGACUUUGGAACCUGCAUAUGUGAUUGGUAGUGUUAUUCUUUGUGAUGAAAAGUUUUCCAGAUACAUAAUCAAAAAAAUGUGCCACAGACAGGAAAUACUUGUACAGAGGACAGAUGCAUUGGAGGCAGGACUGAAUAUUGAAUCCACUUGGAUAACUAUGGAGUAUGAACUCUUUCAUAAUAUCACGCUUGGUCUGAAGUAAUAUAAAAUUUACUUCACUGAGAUUAAUGGUUCAUUUCCCUCAGUUUAUUCUGGAAACGGUCGUUGCAUAUGAUUUCAAUCCCUUUCUGAAUGCACCCCUUUUGAUCUGAACAAAACCUUCCAUACAUGUUUGCCCAUGUGAGAAGUGGUCAGAAAGUGACUUUUUGGACCUGAAUGCCAUUCAGGAUCUAGAGAUGCUCAAAGUUGACCCAUUUUGCAUACCCCACCCUACCAUGAGGCAUCCAUGUCUUCAUCACUGCAUAAGAUAAACGGUUGAGUUUGAUAUCAUUUGAAAGCUUACAAACAGGGUUAUCAAACUGUUAUAUGAUAUAUUGAAAGGAAGCUUUUAAAAUCAAAAUGAUUUCCUUUUUUAAGCUUUAACAUAAAUGAUCUAAAAACACGUCAACUCAGAUUUUUUUUCAUGUUCCUUUACAGUACCAGUCAAAAGUUUGGACACACAAGGGUUUUUCUUUAUUUGUACUGUUUUCUACAUUGUAGAAUAAUAGGGAAGACAUCCAAAAUAUGAAAUAUCACAUAUGGGAUCAUGUAGUAACCAAAAAAGUGGUUAACAAAUCAAAAUAUAUUUUACAUUUGACAUUCUUCAAAGUAGCCUCCCUUUGCCCUGAUGACAGCUUUGCCCACUUUUGGCAUUCUCUCAACUAGCUUCACCUGGAAUUCUUUUCCAACAGUCUUGAAGGAGUUCCCACAUAUGCUGAGCACUUGUUGGCUGCUUUUCCUUCACUCUACGGUCCAACUCAUCCCAAACCAUCUCAACUGGGUUGAGGUUGGGUGAUUGUGGAGGCCAGGUCAUCUGAUGCAGCACUCCAUCACUCUCCUUCUUGGUCCUGUUGAAAAACAAACAAUAGUCCCACUAAGCGCAAACCAGAUGGGAUGGAGUAUUGCUGCAGAAUGCUGUGGUAGCCAUGCUCGUUAAGUGUGCCUUGAAUUCUAAAUACAUCACAGACAGUGUCACCAGCAAAGAACCCCCACACCAUCACAACUCUUCCUCCAUGCUUCACAGUGGGAAUUAUCUGUUCAUCUACUCUGCGUCUCACAAUGACACGGCUAUUAGAACCAAAAAAUCUAAAAUUUGGACUCAUCACACCAAAAGGACAGAUUUCCACCGGUCUAAUGUCCAUUGCUCGUGCUUCUUGGCCCAAGCAAGUCUCUUCUUAUUAUUGGUGUCCUUUAGUAGUGGUUUCUUUGAAGCAAUUCGACCAUGAAGGCCUGAUUCAUGCAGUCUCCUCUGAACAGUUGAUGUUGAGAUGUGUCUGUUACUUGAACUCUGUGAAGCAUUUAUUUGGGCUGCCAUUUCUGAGGCUGGUAACUCUAAUGAACUUAUUCUCUGCAGCAGAGGUAACUUUGGGUCUUCCAUUCCUGUGGCGGUCCUCUGAGAGCCAGUUUCAUCAUAGCGCUUGAUGGUUUUUGCGACUGCACUUGAAGAAACUUUCAAAGUUCUUGAAAUGUUCCGGAUUGACUGACCUUCAUGUCUUAAAGUAACAAUGGACUGUUAUUUCUCUUUAUUUAUUUGAGCUGUUCUUGCCAUAAUAUGGACUUGGUCUUUUACCAAAUAGGGCUAUCUUCUGUAUACCGUCCCUACCUUGUUACAACACAACUGAUUGGCUCAAACGAAUUAAGAAGGAUAGAAAUUCCACAAAUGUACUUUUAAGAAGGCACACCUGUUAAUUUAAAUGCAUUCCAGCUGACUACCUCAUGAUGCUGGUUGAGAGAAUGCCAAGAGUGAAAAUGAGAAAAUCAGAGUUGAUGUGUUUUUAGAUAAUAGAAAUUAAAGCUUAAAGAAAAUAAUUGUUUAAUUAAAACAAAUGUUCAAUAAAUUAUAGAAUAGUUUGACAACCCUGUUUGUAAGCUUUCAAAUUACAUUAAACUUAGCCGUUUUAUCUUCUUGAGAGAUCAAGCCGUGGUAAUGUGGGUUAUGCAAAAUGGAUCAACUUUGAGUACCUCCUGAAUGUUUUGUCAUUCAUGCAUUCAGGUCCAAAAAGUCACUUUCUGACCACUUCCACCAUGGGCAAACAUGGUGGAAAUCAAAAAGUCAAAUCAAAAAGUGUGCAGUUCAAAUCUAAAGGGGUGCAGUCAGAAAACGAUGUAAAUCAUACGGAACGACCCAAAAGCUUAACGGUGCCUUUUUAGCAUUUAUAUAUGAUGAUAUCUAUUUUUUUCUCCACUAGGCUGCAUACGUUGCUACAGUGCCUAACUAGAAGAACUCAUACAGAUGUAAGCCCAAUUUCUGAAACUAGGAUAACACACACGUUCAAUGUCUGCAAAUCUACUACAGUACAUUUUCCCUACCACUCAUACAGUGAAUUUAUUACACAAAACUGGCCUUAAAAUACAUGCUUGAUAAUGUUAACAUUUUGAUUUCUUUCAAAUAAAUGUAUUAAAAUGCACAUAACAGAGAUGACAAUCUCUGUGGAUGAGAAAUGCUAAAUGAAUUAUAAUAUCAUAUGUAAAUAAACUACAAACUUGAAACUGUC